AUGCCGCACCGCGCGAACGAGUGGCUCUCCGCGCUCGGCGUCGACGCGCGCGUCCGCACGGCGCGACGCGCGAGCGAUGAGCGCGAUGUGUGCGACGGGUCGCGCGCGCACCUGCGAGGAAGCGCGUUGACGGAUCGCCGAGGGCGAUCGAAUGGACGAUCGACGCGGCGGCGAUGCGUGCCGCGAGCCGCGAUCAUGGCGGGGACAAACACGCCGGUGACGGCGGCGCUCGGCGCGGCGGCGGCGAACGACGGUAUGGAUAACGUCUUGAGCAUCAUUCUCGGCGGCGGCGCCGGAACGCGUUUGUACCCGCUGACGAAGAAGCGCGCGAAGCCGGCGGUUCCGCUCGGCGCGAAUUAUCGUUUGAUCGAUAUCCCAGUGUCCAACUGCAUCAACUCCGACAUCAACAAGGUGUACUGCUUGACGCAAUUCAACUCGGCAUCGCUCAACAGGCACUUGGCCCAGGCGUACAACACGAACAUCGGCACGCACACUCGACAAGGCUUCGUCGAGGUGCUCGCUGCGCAGCAGAGCCCGGUGAACAAGGCGUGGUUCCAAGGCACCGCCGAUGCGGUGCGCCAAUACUUGUGGUUGUUCGAAGAGUCCAAGUGCGAGGAAUAUUUGAUCCUCUCUGGCGACCACCUGUACCGCAUGGACUACCGUCCAUUCAUCAUGAAGCACCGCGAAACAGAAGCCGCGAUCACCGUCGCGGCUCUGCCGUGCGAUGAGAAGCGCGCGAGCUCUUUCGGCUUGAUGAAGAUCGACAACACCGGUCGCGUGAUUGAAUUCGCCGAAAAGCCGAAGGGGGCCGAGUUGCAAGCGAUGAAGGUCGACACGACUGUUUUGGGAUUGGACGCCGACAAGGCGCAGGAGAUGCCGUUCAUCGCCUCGAUGGGUAUCUACGUCUUCGAUGCAAAGAAAAUGCGUGAGUGUCUCCUCGAAAACUUCAAGGAGGCGGAUGAUUUCGGCGGUGAGAUCAUCCCGAUGGCGGCUCAGAUGGGCUUGAAGGUGCAAGCGUUCCUGUACGAAGGGUACUGGGAAGACAUUGGUACUGUCGACGCUUUCUUCCACGCCAACUUGUCCUGCAACGACCCAAACCCGGCGUUCAACUUCCACGAAAUGAACGCGCCGAUCUAUACGCAAUCGCGCUUCUUGCCUCCGAGCAAGGUGCAAGACUGCGAGAUUGAGCGCUCCACGAUCGGCGACGGUUGCUUCAUCACGAAGGCAAAGCUCAAGAAUGUGAUGGUGGGUCUGCGCUCGACGGUGAACGCGAACUGCGAUUUGGAGGAUACGCUCGUCAUGGGUGCCGAUUACUAUGAGACUUACGACGAGGCGAAGACCAGCGCUCUUCCGGGCGGCGUCCCGAUCGGCAUUGGUGCGGGAACUAAGAUUCGCAAGGCGAUCAUCGACAAGAACGCUCGGAUCGGUGAGAACUGCCAGAUCCUCAACGAGGCUGGCGUGAUGGAUAAGGACUGCGAGAACGAGGGUUACAUCAUCCGGGACGGCAUCAUCGUCGUCAUCAAGGAUGCGGUAAUCAAGCCUGGCACGGUGAUCUAA